AUGCAACCAAUUAUCUUCAGCCCCGACAAGGCCAAAGAGGCGCUGUACGACUACUGGAAUGUCGCCGGCAGGUCUGAGCACCUGCCGAGCUCGAUGCGCGGCGUGUUUUGGUUCAACGAUAAUCAGGCACCGGAGCUUCUCAUUUGCUUUGAAGGUUGCGAAUGCGACGCGGAGAAGCGCGAGGUCUACCUGCCGUGCUACGGGCCGCGCGUCUGGCCGUGGUGCCACGAUUACGCCGGCUGGGGAUUCAGGAUGGCGAUGAGCGACAUCGGCCGAUGCUCGAUCACCUUCCGCUUCGACGAGAACUGGGAGCACGCCGAGAUGCCGCUCUACUUCUUCGGCUGCAUUCCGCUGCCGACACUCUUGGUGCGCUUCACCUUUCGUCGACUCGACGAGCGCGGCGACCGGUGGGAGCGGCUCGUGUACUCGUUCGGGCAGCUCAGGUACUCGUACACGCUCACCCGCAUCAUCGACGAGGAUGGUGCGGAGCUGCAGCCGAGCUACGGCGAGAUGAUUGCCAAUGCCAACGCGCCUGGCAUCGUCAACAACCCGGGCAAGACGUGGACGCAGGUCAUGGCCGUCGAUGGCCCCGGCAGCGCGUGCCUGCCGGGCGUGGGCGUCCUGUGGGCGAGCUUGGUGGAGGCCGUGCGCAAGUGCUUGCCAGGCGCCCCCGAGCCGGCGGGUGCACCGAUGGUCUGA